GUUUGUUGGAAACAAGUGUUACAUAUCAACUAGUUUAUACUAUAUAUGAUGGAAGGAAAUGUUAAUAUUUCGGAUGGAGACCAAACUCAAACCGAAAAAGGAAUUUCAUUGAUGAAGAUAAAAGUAUUGUUUUUUGCUAGAGCACGCGAUCUUACUGGCUUGAGCGAGGUGCAAUUGGAGGUGUCAUCUGGAAGUACUGCUCAUGAUUGUUUGAAAAAGCUUCUUGUUCAAUUUCCAAGUUUGGAAGAAAUACAAGGGUGUAUGGUUCUGGCUCUGAAUGAGGAGUAUACAACAGAUUCAACCAUUGUUAAAGAUAAAGAUGAGUUGGCCAUAAUUCCUCCAAUAAGUGGUGGUUGAAUUAAACAACUUCUAAUUUUAUUAUUAUUGCAGGAAGGAUAAUUCAACUUGUUAGUAAUCUUCUUCCUUCUUUCAAUUAGCUAAAACUGACUCAACAUAUAUGAAUCUUGAAAUAAAUUGUGUUAAAUAAAUUGCGUAAGUUAUUGGAGUUUUAUUUGAAGGUUAUUUUUAGACUUUCAGAGUUAAAA